AUGAAGGAUGGUUUCAUUAUUAGGAAACCCUCCAGGAUUCACUCCCGUGCUUGUGCAAUGAGUUUAAACGAGGAAAAUAUAAAAGGUUGUCACUCUGGAUAUAGCAAGAGAAACAGCAUAAGAGAGGCGAAGCUUGGGACCAAAGUCUUGUUGUGGAUAACGAGAAUGAGUGUGUUGAGGCGUUCUCUUAGCAAGUUCCGUGAGGCAAACAAGAUCGACGAGCACGUGUACCACGAUAUGUACAUAAAAGCCAAGUGUAACGUGUUCAAAAACAAGUGUGUGCUACAAGUCCAAGGCCGAGAAGACACCCUCUAA